CACGAAGCACAUUUCUCUCUCUCCUCUCUCCUGUUCAUAAGAGAGGUGGUUUAUCUUAGGGUUUCAACCUCUCGCGCGCCCUCGCUUCUCCUCCACCACCCCGAUCUCCCACCGCCACCCGCCCACACCGGAAGCCAUGGCGAAACCCAGCCGCGGCCGCCCUGCGCCGUCGGGCUCCGCCUCCGGGUCCUCCUCUCGGUCCCGCUCCUACUCGGGCUCCGACUCUCGCUCCAGCUCCAGGUCUCGCUCCCCGUCCAAGUCCCCUUCUCGCUCCCGCUCCAGAUCGGCCACCUCCUCUUCCUCCCCUUCCCGCAGCGCCAGCUCUCGCAGCCGUAGCCCCCCUCGCCACCGCCGAAGUUCUCCUGAGGUAGUCAAGCGAGGCCAUUCCCCUCCUCCGCCGCCGCCACCUAAGAGAGCUUCUCCGCCCCCUAGGAAAGCUUCUCCUAUCCGAGAAUCCCUUGUUCUUCACAUAGACUCACUCAGCAGAAAUGUUAAUGAAGGCCACCUGAAGGAGAUAUUCAGUAACUUUGGUGAAGUUGUGCACGUGGAGCUUGCCAUGGACCGGACUGUGAAUCUUCCAAAAGGAUAUGGUUACGUUGAGUUCAAAACAAGAGCUGAUGCUGAAAAGGCUCAGCUGCAUAUGGAUGGAGCUCAAAUUGAUGGAAAUAUUGUUCGGGCCAAGUUUACAUUACCGCCUAGGCAGAAGGUUUCGCCACCACCAAAAUCUGCCCCAACAGCUUUGAAGAAGGAUGCUUUGAAAUCUGAUAAUGUUGGUGCUGAUGCAGAAAAAGAUGGAUCUAAACAGCCAAGAGACUCUUCUCCUCGUCGGAAAGCUCUUUCCCCACCACCACGAAGAUCUCCUGGACCUCGUAGAGGUGGAUCUCCAAGAAGACCGCUAGAUUCUUCACCACGUCGACGAGGAGAGUCGCCAAUCCGCCGUCGAGGAGAUUCCCCCUAUCGACGUGGUGAGACACCUCCAAGAAGGCGGCCUGCAUCCCCGGGUAGAGUUCGUUCCCCACUAUCUCCUCCAAGGCGGCAUAGGUCCCCAGCAAGGGUUUCUCCACGUAGAGCUCGGGCUAGUCCAAUGCGAAGACGUUCGCCCCUUCCUCCUAGGCGCCGUUCACCACCUAGACGAGCUAGAAGUCCACCUAGAAGGUCUCCAAUCGGUCGACGGCGUAGCCGCUCUCCGGUGCGCAGGGCUGCUCGAUCACCUUCUCCGAGGAGAGGUCGAGCACCACAAGCAAGGCGUGGCAGGUCAUCGUCGUUCUCUGACUCACCAAGUCCACGCAAGAUAGCGCGGCGGAUAACGAAUCGCAGCCCUAGAAGGCCCAUAAGGGGAAGAAGCUCCAGCAAUACAAGCAGCAGCAGCUCACCAGCUCGUAAGCCAUAGGUAAAUUCUCUUUUCCUUCCCCUUCUUCCCUUUCCUUGUCCCAUCUCCACCUCCCUUCCCCAGCCCCACUCGCAUCACUCGCAUCCCUGCAUCCCUCCGAUAGUGGGGGAGAGAAACAGAGAGAAGGAACAAGAGAGGAAGUUUCCAGCUAAUCGAAAGUUAUGUGGUACUUGUUUCUGUGGAGGAACUGUAUGGCUGUAAUUAUGACCAUGUUCGUCUUUUAGACGAUUGAUUCUGCCAGGCAACUCUGAAUCUGUCUUAUUUGAUUGUUCUUGUAGAAGUUGAUUAAUCUGUUUUAUGGUAGCGUUUUAUUUAUCGUA